AUAUUAUUUUUGAACAGACAGUCCCUUGGGGCCUUAUUCAAAAUGGCGGACGAAGUGAUGGCUGUUUGAAUGGAUGUUGCCGAAAAUUCUUGAUCUUUUCUUUGUGUUUGGCCGCAAAAAAGUAAAUUUUAGGAACGAUGUCGAGAUCAGCUCGUGCACGAGGGAGGCGGGGGAAGUUCAAUCCUCGGGCGGGGUUUGAACCCGCGCCCACCGGCCCGAAUAUAUCGGCCGCACUGCUGAAACAAGCCCGGAAGAGUGGACAGCUCAACUUGUCAAACCGAGGACUAGAAAAGGUGCCAGACACAGUAUGGAGGAUUAACCUUGAUGUACCGGAGGAGGCGAAGAACGUGACGUUUGACGGAGAGGACCGCUGGUGGGAACAGGUGGACCUGACCAAGCUCAUCCUCGCCUCCAACAAACUCUCCGAACUGUCCCCUGACCUCAACCAGCUGCCUGCCCUGGUGGUCCUGGAUGUUCAUGAUAAUGAGCUGACAAGUUUGCCAAAGGAGAUAGGAGACUUGCAACACCUUCAGAAGCUUAAUGUCAGCCACAACAAACUGCAGUCCCUGCCACCAGAACUGUGCCAUCUCACCAACCUCCUGUACCUUCAUGUCGACUACAACAAACUCACCGAGCUUCCCAACGAUCUCGGCACGCUGGAACACAUCGAAGACCUCGACCUCUCCCACAACGAGCUCGCCACGCUCCCUCCAAGCAUCGGAUACGUCUCCCGUCUCACGAAGUUCAACGCCUCGAACAACAAACUGGCCAACCUGCCGCCCGAGAUUGGAGACCUGCACAACAUCCGGGUGUUGGAUCUGUCUAAUAAUCAGUUGGAAUACCUGCCUAGUGAUGUGGGGAGACUUGGUAAACUGGAGCAACUGUACAUCAAGUACAACAAGCUGAGAGAGUUCCCCAACCUCCAGCAAUGUGAACAGUUGAAGGAACUGCAUGCAGGGUUCAACCUGAUUGGCUGUCUGUCAGCUGACCACCUGAAGCUGCUGCCAGGCCUGGUCCUAUUGGACCUGAGAGAUAACAAGCUUACCAGCAUACCUGAGGAGAUAACUCACAUGCAGCAUCUACAGAGGCUAGAGCUGUCCAACAAUGAUCUCAGCAGUCUCCCCUUCAGUCUAGGGUUGAUGUCGUCACUGAAAUCUGUGAACUUGGACGGCAACCCUCUCCGUACCAUCCGUAGGGAUGUCAUACAGAGGGGGACCAGUGAACUGCUGAAGUAUCUGCGGACUAGAAUUGAAGAACAUCAAAAUGGUGGCAACACACACUCUAGAGAACCUAAGGGCGGAGAUGCGGCUCCAUUGACCCCUGACCCCGAGCCAGCGGCACCAGGGUCCACCAUCGACACUUUCACUGUUCACAAGACCAAAUCCAUCAACUAUAGUAACAAGAAUGCCGCGAGUGUCCCAGACGACCUGCUAGACACCGGGCGCGACAUGUUCGUGUCAGACAUGAACCUGAGCAAGAAUGUCCUGACGACCUUCCCCGUGGGACUCGUGCAGCUGGCCGCGACCUUGACAGACUUGAACUUGAGUUUCAACAAGCUGUCAGCUCUGGGGGCAGAGAUUGGUCAACUGACUCGACUGACAACUCUGGAUCUGAGAAACAACCAGUUGAGUGCACUCCCCACCGAGGUGGAAAAUCUACAGCAUCUGAGAGAAGUUGCCAUUAGCAUCAACAGGUUUCAGCAGUUUCCGUCCGUUCUGUACUCUUUGGUCAAUUUGGAGAACAUCUUCGCCAACGACAAUCACAUCGCGGCCAUCGACGUGGACGGGCUGCUCAAGCUGCCGGCGCUGGCGACCCUUGACCUCCAGAACAACGACAUCAUGCAGGUGCCACCACAGCUGGGGAAUGUUACCAGCUUGAGAUCUCUCCAGCUUGGAGGGAACCCUUUCCGAGUCCCCCGCCCGGCCAUCCUGGCAAAGAGCACAGCGGAUCUCUUGGAGUAUCUCCGCGGACGCAUUCCGACAUAACAGCCUUGUCGUAGUCCGACAGAAAUGCAGCUUCGCAAAGGAGAAGCAGUAUAGAAACCACACACAGGACGAUAUGCAAUAGCUUUCGUGUUUUUUGCUUUUUUUGCACAAUGUCAGUGUGGUAGAUGGUGUUCUGUUUUAAGAGCAUUUGAAAACUCGUUGACUUACAUGUACCCAAAUCAUGUCUUGCUUUCAUUGUUUCAAUUGUUUCUUACAACUCUAAGAUCUGUGACUGUACAUGUGGGUAGAAUGGAGUACUAGUGGUUAAAUGAACAUCUUGUCGGGCAAGCACUGGUAGAACACAUUAGAUCCAGGAACAAUUACAUUACCAGUACUAUGGGUGUUUGUGUUAGAUUGCUUACUUUUGUGGUAUUAAUUGGAGAAAGGAUCAAGAGGUCACAGGUUUGAUUCCCAGCUAAAUAGUGUGUCUAAUGGAAAGGCACUUUACACGACUUUCCUCACUUCAACCUGGUGUAAAAAUGGGUAUGUGACUUCUUUUGGGGAAGUAAAAGGCAGUGGAAAGAGAGGGAUGGGCUCCACUUUCCAAUACCAUACAUGCCUGAGUCAUGACCCCAAAAAGGCUAUGGGACCUUUUACUUCAGGUCAGUUACAUUUGAUAUGUAGCAAAGUUCAUCAUCUCCAAAAUAAUUGGUCAUGCAGCCUUAUGCUAGGGUUGUUUUCUACGGAAUGCGUUCCAUAUAUUAUACUUGAUAAUUCAAGACAUACAUGCAGUAUGUUUGAAAUUCUGAAAAAAAUUCUGUAAAACAGAAAUGCUGGAUUUUAUUAUCAUAUAUUAUGAUCUACUAUCAUUAUUUUGUGUGGAAACAUUUUGGACAAUUUACUGGUAAAAAUGGCCAGAUAUACUCUAUAGGAAUUUUCAUUUUUCUUUUGUUGUUGGGUUAAUUAUGCAGUAUUGAAAAUAAUUUUGAGAUGGUUAUGGUUAUUAACACGAGGAAAGAGGUAUUUUGGAAUGAAUUUGAUACUAAAACCAGAUUAUGGGAACUAUGUGGUUUUCAGGCUUGUUGAGCAAUAAUGUAGUUUUCCCCACCGACCUAUUUAGUAAUUACUUUGUUCUGCAUACAUGUAUGCGAUGAUGUUGGAGUGUGGCUACGUGUUGAAGCAAUCCACAGUAUUUUUCCAGCAAGGCCACACCAAUAUACAUAUACUCUCCAAGCAGAGGUCGAGUCGCAGAGAUAUAGCAGUAGUCUGGAAAUUUAUCAGCACGCUCCUCUUACCAUAUCUCUGUGACUCAACCUCUGCUUGGAGAGUAGAUAUGUAUUGGUUUGCAGUCUGCUCCAUUGUUUCUCUGCAAAAUUUGAUAACCAAGAUAUUAAAUUUGUGUGGCCUAGCCAUUAGACUUCGUAUCAGUCCUGUGAAUUUGGAUUUUUUUCCUGUACUGUACAUUGUCCAAAAGUGGGAUUUAUGGUAAUGUUAUCCCUUAUACUGUAAAGCUGCUAUUGAUUCUUGUGUGUCUGUUUGUUGUGUUCAAGUGUUGUGCAACCCCACCAGUGCAAGUAAUAGUCUUGGUUUAGACAAAGAUCCCUUAAAUGAUGAGUUUCAAUAAAAAAGAAUGCAUGCCUUAUAUGAGAAUCAGUGAUUUAGGGAUCAUAAUCAUAUUUGAUAUCCAAAUAUUUAAGUUAGGAAAUCAGUGUACGUUUGAAUAUGAUAACUUCACGUUCAACAAGGAAUGAUCAUUAGGAGUUGAUCAGAAGCUGCAUUGAUGUGAUGUAAUAAAAUGUAACAAAAUAGCUUGUGGUUGCU